ACUGGGCCAGUUGUGAUUGGCCAGCGUAUUUUCUCCCCAAUGUUUGUAAAUUGUAGACUGGAGGGGGGGGAGACGCCGCUAUUCUGGAGCUCAGCGCGCAAAUGUAUUUUCUAAAGGUUGAUAAACUCUUCUCGUUUGAAUUGUAUCUGAAAAUAACCGGGCACUAGAACCCACGGACUGGAAAACCUCCACGACGCCUGGGGAUAUCGACGGACUCAACAAGCAGAGACGCAGAGCACCAUGGUCCUGAGCCAGAUGGACGCGGGCAAAGCGCUGACGGCGGCGGCGGCCAGAGGGAAUGCCGACGAGGUGCAGCGGCUCCUGGAGGAAUGCAGGGUGCAUCCCGAUACGCCCAACGAGUUCGGCCGAACCGCGCUGCAGGUGAUGAUGAUGGGGAACUCCAAAGUAGCAGGGCUGUUGCUGGAAAAGGGAGCCGAGCCCAACGUCCAGGACAAAUACGGCAUAGCGCCUGUCCACGACGCAGCACGGACGGGCUUUCUGGAGACCCUGCAGGUCCUGGUGGAGCACGGGGCUUCAGUAAACCUCCAGGACCAGAACGGCGCCCUCCCCAUCCACAUCGCCAUACGAGAAGGCCACCGAGAGGUGGUGGAGUUCCUGGCUCCGCUAUCUGACCUGAAACAGGCCACUGUCAGCGGUCAGACAGCAAUAGACAUGGCCCGAGCUCUGGGGGAGCUGGACAUGAUGAACUCGCUUUUUGCUCACAUUCACAGUUAAUAAGAAGAAAUAAUCCUCUGCCAAACUCAAACCUCACUUUUUAUUUUUAUUUUAUUUUUUUAUUUUUUUUUUUGCUUUUUACCUGGUGACUUGAAUACAUGAAUCUGUUUUUGGUGGCUGAGCAUUAAAAUGUGACGGGACGUGUUGUCUUGGCAGCUUCAUUUCAGUGGAUUGGUGGCUAUAUACUGUAGACACCUUUUGCACAGUGCAGUUUAGGCACCUUAUAUUUUUUCUUUCUUUCCCUAUUAAUUGGGAGUGCACAUUUGUAGAUAGUUGUCCUCCAGUGUUAUGUGAUUUUUACAUCAUUUCUAUUAUGUGUGCGUGUGUGUGUAUGAAUUGUAACAUUUCCUACACAGGUAUUUUUUUGUUUUGUUUUUGUAAUUUGCAAAAAAAAAAAAAAAAAGAACAUAGUGCACCCUGAUUGCUUUGCAUAGUUGUGUUUCUCUUAAUUAGAUGUUCUUAGACUUUGAAUUUGCUCUUAUUUAUUGUUGGAAGAAGAAAUUAUCUUGUGACUUUGUAAAACGACAACUUUUAAUGUGAUUUGUUGAAAUGUUAUUUAUAUAAAUGCUUUUAAGACAAAAGUGAGAUUAUUCACUGUAAUAUUUGAUGAAGAAAACACAAAAUAAAGUCUUGAACUUAA